AUGUCUCUUGAGCUGACGUUCAACCCUGAUAUACAGCUGACGGAGAUGAUGCGUCUGCGAGUACAGUCUCUGCAGCAGCGAGGCCAGAAACGCCAAGAUGGAGAGCAUCUACUGAAGUCCAAUGAGCACGUCUACCGUCUGGACUUCUCUGAACAGGCCCUGCAUUUCACCCGCUGGAACAUCCGCAUGUCCGCACCCGGCCGCCUCAACAUCAUCGCCACCUCCCAGCUCUGGACGCCCGACCUGACCCACCUCAUGACCCGCCAGCUCCUCGAACCGACCGGCCUCUUCUGGAAAACCGCAGACGACGAUCUCAUCCAAUGCUACGAGGCUGACGCUCAGGAGUUCGGCGAGAGGAUAGCCGAGCUGGCCAAGGUUCGCAAAGUGAUGUAUUUUCUGUUCUCCUUUGAAGACGGCUUGAGUCCGGAGAACAUCGAGUGCUCCAUUGAGUUCCAGAAGUGA